UUAUAUUAUGUCUCAACAGGUAGAUUUUAUCUUCGCAUGAUUGAUAAUGGGAAUUUGAUACUUGUUACACAAAGUGUGCCUUCCAAUUCAGAUUAUGAUGAUGCGUACUAUAACAGUCAAACUUUUGACGAAACAAAUGUAACCAAUUCUGGUGAUAAAUUGGUUUUUGAAGAGAAUGGCAUGAUGUAUGUAUUGAAGAGAAACAAUCAAAGGCAAUUUCUUACUCCCAGAUCCAUCCCUUCAGCUUCGGAAAAUUAUCACCGCGUGACACUUAACUUUGAUGGAGUUCUCACUCAUUAUUAUCGCUCGAGGAGUUCUAAUAGAAGUGGCUGGAAUAUUUUAUGGUCUCAACCAGAUAAUAUAUGUUUCAAUAUUUUUGGAGGAGGAAUAGGGGCUUGUGGAUACAAUAAUGUGUGCAAUCUUGGUACAAACAAAAGACCAGUUUGUAACUGUCCUAAAGGAUAUUCACUACUUGAUCCAAAUGAUACUUAUGGCAACUGCAAACCAGAUUCUGCUGUAAGUUGUGAUGAAGUUGGGAGGGGUUCACCUGAAGAUUUGUACAGUUUUAUCACGGUUCGUGAUACUGAUUGGCCAACAUCUGACUUUCAGAAGCUUAGCCCUUCUACUGAACAAGACUGCCAACGUUUCUGUUUGAAUGAUUGUUUUUGUGCUGUUGCCAUUUAUAGAAGCGAUAGCUGCUGGAAAAAGAAGCUGCCACUCUGGAAUGGGAGAAUAGACACCAGUCUGAAUGCGAAAGCGUUUAUUAAAAUAAGGAAAGGUGGUGUUCCUCCUCUAAGUCCUGGCCUUCCAAAUCCAGGAUCACGCCAAAGCAAGAAUUGGCGAAAUUGGGCAGUUGUGUCGUCCACACUCUUAGGUAGCUCUGUGUUGGUGAAUGUUGUCUUUAUUGGUGUAUUUUGUUGGGGAUUCUUCCAUGUUUACAAAAAGAAAGCCAAGACAUUUCGUCCUGCAAGUCAUGUACCUGACUCCAUUUGUCAUAGUUUUACAUACAAAGAACUUGUCGAAGCCACAAACGAGUUCAAGGAUGAGCUAGGCAGGGGUGCCUUUGGGAUUGUUUACAAAGGGGUAAUGCCAAUCUGUUCAAGAAACGUUGUUGCUGUAAAGAAGCUGGAUAGAGUUGCUCACGAGACAGAGAAGGAAUUCAUGAAUGAAGUAAAUGUGAUUAGUCAGACUCAUCACAAAAAUUUGGUCCGUCUUCUUGGAUAUUGUAACGAGGGACCUCAUCGCUUGUUGGUCUAUGAGUAUAUGAGUAAUGGCACUCUUGCAAGUUACCUUUUUUGUGAUCAAAAACCUACUUGGAGUCAGAGGACAAAAGUUGCAAUGGGAAUCGCAAGGGGACUUGCAUACCUCCACGAAGAGUGCAGUACACAGAUUAUCCAUUGUGACAUAAAGCCUCAAAACAUUCUUCUUGAUGAUUAUUAUGUUGCUCGAAUAUCAGAUUUUGGAUUGUCUAAACUGCUGAGGAUUAACCAGAGCCGAACGCUUACUAAUAUUAGAGGAACAAGAGGUUAUGUUGCUCCAGAAUGGUUCAGGAAUAGUCAGGUCACGGUUAAGGUGGAUGUUUACAGCUUUGGUGUAUUGCUACUAGAGAUCAUCACUUGCCGGAAAAGCUUGGAGAAUGAGGAAAGCUAUGGACCGGAGGCAAUUCUUACAGAUUGGGUCUUGGAUUGCUUUCAAGAGGGAAAAUUUGAAGCUUUGGUAGAAACUGAUACUGAAGCCUUGAAUGACAAGAAGCAGCUCGAGAGGUUCGUGAUGGUUGGUAUUUGGUGCAUCCAAGAAGAUUCAUCGAUGAGGCCUACUAUGAGGAAAGUCACUCAAAUGCUUGAUGGAUCUGUUGAAGUGACGACUCCACCUUGCCCAUAUACAUUCAGCACUACUAUUUAAGAUCUGCCUCAAUUGUGUGCAGUUUCCUCCGCUGUAUAUCUUUAAUAUCUAAAUACUAAGGUAAUGUUACUCAUCAUAUUGCAUGUUCUUUAAGUUGUAUGAUCUGUAUAAUUUUCUCAAUUUGGUGUUGGUAACUGUUAAUCUGUAUUAUGUAUAACUACUGUAAAGGGGGGAGCUACGCGUUUUCACAUGUCAGGCUGAACAUGUAAUGAAUUCUUAUCAGGAUUGUUUUGAUGUUCAUAUCAUGUGUAAUAGUCAAAGUUAAUUGCUCAUAAUCUUUGCCGCGUUGA